GAUCAGAUCCAGGUCUAAAAUAAAUGUUGAUUGCUGCCAACUCUCCUCCUGCUUCAUUUCGUCUCCAUUCGACCAUGAUCGCUAGGUCGCCAUCAUGGUCCUCAACCGUUGUUCUUUUUGUGGGCGUGGGCUCGAGCCAGAAGACAACAACCGCGAAGGAGAAGAAAACAAUGAUCAGGAUGAUGGAAAUCGAGCCCAAGGGAAUCCUUUUUUGAGAACAGCCGUUCGCACCGUUGGAAUUGCAGGAGGGGUUGCGGCAGUAGGAGCAGGGGGUUUGGCCUUGGCGGGCUUUGGUAUGGCAGGAAUCGCAGCUGGCUCCAUGGCGGCUGCUUGGCAAUCAUCCAUAGGCAGUGUUGCUGCGGGAUCCGCCUUUGCUACAUUACAAUCUGCAGGAGCUACGGGCGCAAUUGCCAGUGUGUUUGGAGCAGGUGCUACCGCGGCAACCGGAGCAGUCGUUGCCGAUAGGCACCUGAGGAAUGAGGAUCAUCAGAACAAUGGAGGAGGCCAUGACGACAAUGGAGGAGGCCAUGACGACAAAAGAGGAGGCAAUGACAACCGUGGCAGAGACAAUGAUCCAAAGAAUCAAAACAGGAAUGGAGGUGGCAAGGCCGGAGCUAACGAGCCUUCUGUUUGUCCUCAUUGCGGAGCAAGGUGGUGGAGACCACAGUAA